AGAACUUUACAAUGAACAUUCAAAUCUCUACGCAUGGCUUCUUUUUUCUCAAAAUUUAAUCAAAAGAUUUCAGAAACAUAUGUCGGCUCUUGUGUCGAACGGGCAAAGCUCGCUCGAUUCCGCCGAUUAUGAUCCUAUUGACCACCUGAACGCUAUUUUCGCGCAUCACUCGACGCUUAGCGUUGUAGCAGAGAGCUGUCGCGCCCUGAGACAAUACCAGAAUGAGCUUGACAAGGACGUGAGGUCUGCAGUCGCGAUGCAGUUGGCAUCCGAUGCAGACAGUGUGCGACGGAUACAAGAGGCCAAACUUGAGUUAUCAGAACUUUUUGUCAAAAUUGAGAGUGUUCGUGAGCGAGCCUUGCAGACGGAGCAGACCAUUACCGACAUGACGGCGGACAUCAAGCGACUGGAUAACACAAAAAAGAACUUAACGCUGUCCAUGACGGCACUCAAGCGACUGCAGAUGUUGACUGCCGCGUACGAUCAAUUGCGUGCGCUGGCCAAAACACGCCAAUAUAGAGACUGUGCUCAGCUACUUCAAGCUGUCAUUCAGCUCAUGACUCAUUUCAAAAGCUACCGCAGUGUGGAUCAGAUAGCCACGUUGUCAAGGAACGUGACGGAUGUCCAACGUGAACUCCUCGAACAGGUUUGUGAGGAUUUCGAAUUAAUUUUUGCAAAAGGCGAGGCAGGUACUAGACGAGUAAUGCUGGCUGAAGCUUGCGUGGUCAUGGAUGCUCUUGGGGAGCAUGCAAGAGGACGAUUGAUUACAUGGUAUUGCAACACGCAGUUGCGCGAGUACAGGCAGGUAUUUAGAGGCAACGAUGAGGCUGGGAGCCUUGACAACAUCGCUCGACGGUAUUCAUGGUUCAAUCGCAUGCUGAAGACCUAUGAUCAAGAGCAUGCGUCUAUAUUUCCAUCGCAUUGGCGUGUAGGUGAGCGCUUGGCGAUUGCUUUCUGCGAAGGCACCAGAGACGACUUCAAGAUGAUUCUGCAGCGGUCGAUGCGCGGGGACGGCAAGACAUUAGACGUCAAUCUCCUUCUAUCAUGCCUCCAAGAAACGCUGAACUUUGAACAUAAUUUAGAAAAACAUUUUACUGGAGAAGGAAGAUCAUCGAUGGACACUGUUGACUCAAGAACCAUGUCUUCCCAAAGCGUAGGCAACAUCAUUUCGGAGGCAUUCGAGCCUUACAUGACGCUUUGGAUCGAAUCUCAGGAUAAACAGCUUGCAGCUCAGAUCGCCACAUACCGCAUGCAACCAAUGCGGCCGCUUGAAGAUGAGUUCACCGCUCAGUCCGUAAUGCCUUCAUCUACAGAGUUAUUUCAUUUUUAUCGUCUUGCUUUGGCACAAUGUGCAAAGAUCUCUACGGGACAGCGCUUCUUGGAGCUCUCGAAUACAUUUGCAAAGUAUCUCGAUCAAUACAGUCAGCAAGUGCUAUUCUACUUUCUGACUGAGCGUUCUGGGCCAGCUGGUCCCAAUGUUGAAGCUAUCAUUAUGGUUCUGAACACGGCAGACUAUUGUUACCUAACGUGCAACCAGCUGGAAGAAAGAAUCAAAGGACGUAUAGACGAAGAUCUUCGUUCACAGGUUGAUUUGCAGAACCAAGCCGACGCAUUCAUGGGAAUUGCAAGCGCUGCCAUUCGGAGUCUUGUGAAGAAGAUCGAGUUAGAGAUCGAACCAAUCUGGCGUGAAAUGAGAAACAUGCCAUGGUCUCGAAUGGAGAAUGUUGGUGAUUCCAGCAAUUAUAUAUCGGAACUGCUUCGCGUCGUUCGUGAGCAAUCUUCAGAGAUUUUGAAGCUUUUAUACAAGCAUCAGUAUGCGCGAGCAUUUUGUGACAACCUAGUUGAUGCGAUAAGUAUGCUGUAUAUCACUAAUGUGGCUCAGUGCAAGCCCAUAUCGGAAGUCGGAGCAGAGCAAAUGCUUCUUGAUACGUAUACUCUCAAGAAAGGUCUUGUAGAUCUACCGGUCAUCAACGAAAAGGAAGGGGCACAAGCACCAACAUCCUUCGUCAAGCAAGUAAACACAUCAAUGUCGAAGAUCGAUCAAGUGCUCAAAACGCUUCAAGUGCGUCCGUUACCACCUGAAGCGCUGGUACAAGCAUAUCUUAUACACAUUGGUGAUCGCUCGGAAACGAACUUUAAAAAGAUACUCGAGCUCAAAGGAAUACGAAAGCAAGAUCAACAUUCACUAGUGGAUCUUUUCAACGCGCAUUGUGGAAGCCCAAACUAUGCUAGUUUACCCGUUUCAUCACCCAUCCUCACACCUUUGAGCAUCAAUUUAGUGUCACAAGGCUCAGGGCCCAUGUCAAGCUUGAAGGAGAAGUCACAAACAUUUGAUGCAGCCACGUUUGGCUCCGCAAUAAUGAAUGCGGCAAGAGAAGGGGUAGAUAGGUUUGGUAGUCCAUCUCUUGGCGUUGGAACUGGUUCAGUGAGCCACGUCAGGCAAAGCAGCGACACCAUGAACCCCACAAAUGAUGGUAUGACUGCAGUUGGACUGAAUGAAAAUCUCAAAAACAUCGGAAAGUUCUUCAGGAGAGAUAUCGGAGGAAGAUUAGGAAGGAUCACACCCACAAUUGAUGGUAUAUGAAGUUAGGCUUGUGUUUUGGCUACUGAACUGUUUCGCGUUGUCGAAGAGUGCAUGUAAACUUUCUGUAGUUGUAGUGUUAUCGAAGCAGCUAUGAUUAUGACAGGAAGUAUGCUAGAUAAAGGAUGAAUAGUGGCUCUUAAUCGCCAAAGUGCAGAACAUCGUCACCAA